CCUGAAGGCAUUGCCCAAUAAAGUGUAACACAUGCUCUGGCACCUGCAAGUAUAAUCUGCCUUGAACAGUAGAAGAUGUAAAUAAUAUAUAAGAAUAUGAUUAUAAUAAUACUGUGGAUCAACAAUAACGUAAUUUUUAAAUAUUUAUAACAUUUUAAUAUCUUGCUGUAAAUUAAUACAUUAGCAAGAUGAUGGAACUAGAACGAUUAUCCUGCUUUCUGCGGAAUGAAUCACAUAUGGAGGAAGAAGAAGAAGAAGAUCAUGUCCCAGAAGAAGAACCAAAUGAUUUGAUUGCAAAACGAGAAGAACGCAAUAAAAGGUUUCAGAGGGGACCCAGUUGGCAUCAGUUUUGUGAUGCUGUUUCUGACAAUAUUGUUCAAUCUCUUCACACAUUACAUCAGAUAGCUGUGGAAUUUUGUGAGGGUCAACCAAUAGAAAUGGCAAAUGAAGCAGCAAUAUUUAUGUUAAAACUUUUAUUGAAUGAAAAGAAUAUUACACAAAGUAAUUUGAAAACUUUGCAGCAAAUGUUUGGUGUUGUUACAUCUGAAUCCAUUAAUAAAAUAAUGCAGGCUAUUGCAAAAAUUAGAGAAAACAUAACUGAAGAUGAUCUCAACUUUUUAUUUAAUAAUAGCAAUGGAAACGAUUCUAUAAGUAUGAAUAAGUUAAAUCAUUUUGAUACUAAUAUUGAGUAUCACCCAUUAAAAAUUGAAUAUCCUGAUACAAAUAUGCUGCUCGAUAUGUGUGCUCAGCAUCCCAUUCAAUUGACAAGCAAUUUCUCAAUGGCAUAUCAAAAUGAUACAAUCAUAGCUGAUAAAACAGAGUUUGACAAAAACCACUUGAUGCAGGGUUUAAAGAAGUGUCACAGAAAAUAUUCUGAUGAGAUGAGCUAUGAACAGUUCACAGAUAUGGUUAUUAAGAAAUUGGAAACUGCAGGGGACAAUCUGCAGACCGAUCUAUUUGAUCUGUUUGGAUACGAGUACAUUGAUUUCGUUGAAUACAUGCUAGAGCAUCAAAAGAUAAUAGUGGCUUUGCAUGUUCUUCAAAAAAUGCCAAAGAAUAUGCUUUCUCUACAAACACCUCAGAUUGGCUGUCAGGUGAUAGUUCAGUCAGAAAAGGAGAAACAGUUAUUAAAGCAGGUACGCAAAGAAGAGAAAAAGCUCAAUAAGUUAACAAGUAAAUUGGAAGCAACGGAUGAUGGAGAUGAGGAUAUAUUUGACCCCCUCGAAUUGCGUCAGAAACGUGUAGAAGCAUUGAAAGCGAUGCAAACACCAGUACUUUCGACAACAAAGAGGAAUUUUGCACCAUCAGCUAUCCAAGAGAAGUUUCCUUUCGUAUUUGAUAGCAAAAUAACAUCUAAAGCUGCUGCUGGUUUCAUUUCUGGUCAAAAGAUGAUGCUACCAGAAAACGUCGUGAGAAAAGAUUCUCAAAUUUGCGAGGAAGUACACAUACCAGUCCCUCCAGCAAUACCGUUUGACGUGGGGAAUGAUCCUGUGAUGAUUUCUUCGUUAGACGAAAUUGGACAAAUGGCUUUUCACGGCAUCAAAUCUCUGAACAGAAUUCAGAGUAUCGUUUUUAACACAGCUUAUCACACAAAUGAAAACUUGUUGAUCUGUGCGCCUACAGGUGCAGGCAAAACAAAUGUUGCUAUGCUCACUGUAGUUCAUCAACUGAAAAAUCACAUUGAACUAGGUGUUCUACAGAAAGAUCGUUUCAAAAUCGUUUAUAUAGCACCGAUGAAGGCUCUGGCAGCCGAAAUGACUGCUAGUUUCAAUAAGAAACUGGGUCCUCUUGGUGUGUCGGUUCGUGAACUUACAGGUGACAUGCAGCUGACUAAAGCUGAGAUUCAGCAAACUCAAAUGAUAGUGACUACUCCUGAAAAAUGGGACGUGGUCACUAGGAAAGGAACUGGGGACGUAGCUUUGACAAGUAUCGUCAAGCUUUUGAUUAUAGAUGAAGUACAUCUCCUGCAUGGUGACCGUGGUCCUGUAGUAGAGGCACUUGUCGCUCGAACUCUUAGACAGGUUGAAACUUCACAAAGUAUGAUACGUAUUGUUGGAUUGUCUGCAACGUUACCAAAUUAUUUGGACGUCGCCAGAUUCCUUAGAGUCAAUCCGUAUAAGGGUCUUUUUUAUUUUGAUCAUCGGUUUCGACCUGUACCACUUAGCCAAACUUUCAUUGGCGUUAAGGCUGUAAAGCCACUUCAACAAAUGGCCGACAUGGAUGCCGUAUGCUAUGAUCAAGUAGUAGAUAUGGUUCGAAAAGGACAUCAGGUCAUGGUAUUUGUACAUGCAAGAAACGCAACGAUUCGUACUGCCACUGUGCUCAAAGAAAUGGCUAUUAAAAAUGGUACUCUGCGACUAUUCACUCCUGAAGGAAAUACUGGAUUGGCUCAGAAAGCUUUUGCCAAAUCAAGAAACAAAUAUCUUGGCGAACUUUUUAGUUCUGGUUUCUCUGUGCAUCAUGCCGGUAUGCUGCGUACCGAUAGAAACUUGGUGGAAAAGUAUUUUAGCGAGGGUUUGAUCAAAGUAUUGGUGUGUACGUCUACUUUGGCUUGGGGAGUAAACUUACCUGCACAUGGUGUUGUAAUACGAGGAACUGAGAUAUAUGAUGCGAAACAUGGAUCUUUUGUGGAUCUUGGUAUUCUUGAUGUACUCCAAAUUUUUGGUCGUGCUGGCAGACCCCAGUUUGAUACUUCAGGUCAUGCAAUUAUUAUCACAAACCAUAACAAAUUGUCGCAUUAUCUGUCUUUAUUGACCAACCAAUUUCCAAUUGAGAGUAGCUUCAUUACUUAUCUAGCUGACAAUCUAAAUGCUGAAAUAACGUUAGGCACGAUAUCAAACGUCAGAGAGGCUGUGGAAUGGCUCAGUUAUACAUAUCUCUUUGUACGGAUGAAAUUGAAUCACUUGGCUUACGGUAUUCAUUUUCAAGACAUGAUCGAGGAUCCGAAUUUGGAACGUAAAAGACGAGAGUUGAUCGAUACAGCUGCUAAUGCGCUUGAUAAAGCAAAGAUGAUACGCUACAACUCACGCACCGGAGAUCUUAGUGUUACUGAUUUGGGACGGACCGCAAGUCACUUUUACAUCAAAUAUGACACUGUGGAAAUAUUUAAUGAUUUGGCAAAGCCUAUUAUGACGGAACCUGAUAUACUCGAAAUGAUAUCUCGUUCUCAAGAAUUCGAGCAACUAAAGGUCAGAGAUGACGAGCUUGAUGAAUUGGAUAACUUGCUACGAGAUUAUUGUGAGGUCGUAGCACAAGGUGGUGCCGAAAACGUUCAUGGGAAAGUUAAUAUUCUCAUUCAAACUUACUUGUCUCGUGGACGAGUUAAUUCUUUCUCGUUACUCUCGGAUCAAGCUUACAUUACACAGAACGCAGUGCGUAUAUGUCGAGCGUUAUUUGAAAUAGUACUGCGACAGAACAACGCCAUAAUGACUGGACGAUUAUUAGGAAUGGCAAAGAUGCUGGAACUGCAACAGUGGGAUCAUAUGAGUCCCAUGCGUCAAUUUUAUUGUUUACCUGCUGAUGUUAUUACGAAAAUUGAAAAUCUUCAGCUGACAGUUGAUAAGCUCAAAGAGAUGGAUGUUCGUGAAAUCGGUAACAUAUUGCGGAAUCAGAAGACUGCGGCCUUGAUAAAGAAAUGUUGCGAGGAAUUUCCAUCCCUUGAAUUAGAAGCGAGCCUUCAACCUAUCACACGCACGAUUUUACGUAUCCGUUUGAAAAUUCAUCCGCAAUUUCGGUGGAAUGAUAAAAUUCACGGAAAGAGUUCGGAAACCUUUUGGAUAUGGAUUGAGGAUCCGGAUAAUAAUUUUAUUUAUCAUCACGAGUAUUUUUUACUAACGCGAAAAAUGGUAUUCAGCAAUGCCGAACAAGAAUUGGUCAUGACUAUACCUUUAUCAGAGCCAUUACCUGCACAGUAUUUAGUGAGAGCAUCAAGUGAUCGGUGGUUGGGUUGUGAGUCAGUCUUAGCAUUAACAUUUCAUGAUCUUAUCCUUCCAGAAACACAUCCUCCGCAUACUGAUCUGUUGGAAUUACAACCAUUACCAGUAACCGCAUUGAAGGAUUCCAAAUUCGAGAGCCUUUACAAAUUCUCUCACUUCAAUCCUAUACAAACCCAAAUAUUCCACUGUCUCUACCAUACUGACAACAAUGUCCUUCUGGGUGCUCCGACAGGUUCAGGAAAAACUAUCGCAGCAGAGAUUGCCAUGUUUCGAGUCUUUAAACAAUACCCAAAACAAAAGGUUGUGUAUAUAGCGCCCUUGAAGGCUCUAGUAAGGGAACGAAUGUCUGACUGGAAAGUAAGACUACAAGAAACACUUGGUAAAAAUGUGGUUGAAUUGACAGGCGAUGUUUCGCCUGACAUAAGAGCAAUUGCUAGUGCUAGCGUAAUCGUAACAACUCCUGAGAAGUGGGAUGGUAUAAGUCGUAGCUGGCAGACAAGAAAUUACGUCCAAGAUGUGGGAUUAAUAAUUAUAGACGAGAUCCAUUUACUUGGUGAAAAUCGUGGACCUGUACUUGAAGUGAUAGUUUCCAGAACGAAUUUCAUUGCUUCUCAUACAACAAGGACGCUACGAAUUGUGGGAUUGUCGACUGCAUUAGCUAACGCAGUGGAUUUAGCCAAUUGGCUUGGUAUAGACCAGAUGGGUCUGUACAAUUUCCGGCCAUCCGUACGACCAGUACCUUUGGAAGUUCACAUUAGCGGAUUUCCUGGGAAGCAUUACUGUCCUCGUAUGGCAACAAUGAAUAGACCAACAUUUCAAGCGAUACGUCAACACGCACCAAAUAGUCCGUCUCUUGUAUUCGUUUCAUCUCGUCGACAAACUCGUCUCACGGCUUUAGAUUUGAUAGCAUACCUCGCGGCUGAAGACGAUCCUAAACAGUGGUUGCAUAUGCCAGAUGAUGAGAUGGAUAACAUCCUGGAGAACGUGAAAGAUUCGAAUCUGAAAUUGACUCUUGCAUUUGGCAUAGGACUUCAUCAUGCUGGGCUUCAGGAAAGAGAUAGAACAACGGUGGAAGAGUUGUUUGUAAACAACAAGAUACAAGUACUCAUUACAACAGCAACCUUAGCGUGGGGUGUUAACUUCCCAGCACAUUUAGUUGUCAUAAAGGGAACAGAGUACUACGAUGGAAAGGCGAAGCGUUACGUGGAUAUGCCAAUAACUGAUGUUCUCCAGAUGAUGGGUCGAGCAGGUAGACCUCAAUUCGACGAUUCUGGAGUCGCUGUCGUCCUGGUGCAUGACAUUAAAAAGAAUUUCUAUAAGAAGUUCCUCUACGAACCUUUUCCUGUCGAGUCCAGCCUCUUGGAUGUGCUGCCUGAUCACAUCAACGCCGAGAUCGUGGCUGGCACAAUAAAGAAUAAACAGGAGUUCCUAGAUUACCUAACGUGGACGUAUUUCUUUAGAAGAUUAAUGAGGAACCCAAGAUAUUACAAUCUUGAGGUUCUGGAACAAGAGGAGAUCAACCACUAUCUGUCAGAACUCGUUGCCAAAACUGUCAGUGUCCUUGCCAACGCGCACUGUAUCGAUUUUGACGAAAAUGAACAGUCGCUUUACCCACUCUCAAUGGGAAGAAUAGCAUCGUUUUAUUAUCUUUCGCAUCAGACUAUGUCCGUGUUUGAGGAAAGACUACAGAAGAACCUUCCCCUGGAGGAAUAUGUACGAAUAUUGUGUGAAGCAUACGAGUAUAAUGAGCUACCAGUACGACACAACGAGGACAUUCUCAACGAGGAAUUAGCUAAGAUGUGUCGAUACUCGGUUGAUAGAUACAAGUAUGAUUCGCCUAAUACCAAGGCAUUUCUACUUCUUCAGGCCCACUUCUCACGACUGCCUCUUCCUUGUGCGGAUUACCUAACCGAUUUAAAAUCCGUGCUAGAUCAAACAAUUCGAAUACUUCAGGCUAUGAUAGACGUCGUUGCAGAACAUGGCUGGUUAGCAAGUACUCUCAGAGUAAUGCAGAUUCUGCAGAUGAUAAUACAAGCCAGAUGGGUCGAUGAAUCUGCUCUGAUCACAUUGCCACACGUGGAGAAAGAUCACUUGCAUUUAUUCUCCUCGCUACCAAAGAACUUGCCCACACUUUGCUCAGUAACGCACAAUAAUUAUGAGAGGUUAGCCAAAGCUCUGCGAUCGGAGUUCACAGAGAGAGAGAUACAGCAAGUGCACAAAGUGAUAAAGGAGCUACCCGUUAUCUGCGUGGACUUGACACUUCAAGGGUGGUGGGCGAGUGGCGACCAGGAGAAGAGAAUCCAAUUGUCAGCAAAACCUGAUCAAUUCGUGGACAUUCACGAGGGUCAAGACUAUACUUUGGUUGUAGGUUUGAAAAAAAAGAAUGCUUCGGCCAAUCUGAAGGCUCAUUGUCCAAUGUUUGCAAGGGGAAAGGAUGAAGGCUGGUUCCUUACCUUAGGCGACAUUAGCCAGGAAGAAUUAUGGGCGCUGAAAAGGACUACUGGGGUCAGAGGGCAGCGCAGAUGUAAUCAAUUGCUAUUCACUGCUCCUUCAACUUUAGGUCGAAUGAAAUUGACAUUUUACUUGAUGUCAGAUUGCUAUAUCGGAUUGGAUCAGCAAUACGAUAUAUAUUUGAAUGUGAUACCGUGUCCAGCGGAAAAUGCGUAUUAACUGUAUGAACAAAUUUGAUAGACCUGGAACAUUUUUUACUGUAAUGUUUUUCCAACAAUUAAACGCUGUGCAUCAUUUUUAUAUGUCCAGUGUGGCAUUUAGAAUAUAAUUGAGAUAUUCCGAAAUGGGUAAUAAAUAAGUUUCCUCUUGUAUUUAAUAUAUAAUUAAACUUCAAAUUCUAUAUGAAAUAAUAUUGAUUAUGUUUAUCGAGUAGCACAUCACAUUAUGUAACUCUUCACUCGCAGCUUCUUUUUUUAAAUUAAAUUCCAAUCGAGAUAUA